AUGAGGGGGAGAGAGGAGGAAGUGGAGGAGGAGGAGGAGGAGGAGGAGGAGGAGGAGGAGGAGGAGGAGGAGGAGGAGGAGGAGGAGGAAGAGGAGGAGGAGGAGGAAGAGGAGGCACAACCACAGCAGCCAGAGCCGCUACCAGCGGCAACCGCACCAGAGGGGAGGUCAGGCAGGGAGGCGAGUUUGAGGGAUCCGGUGAGGCAGAGGCGGGUAAGGAAUCGGGUGACAGAGGUGUGUGUGAGUGGGGAUUAG